AGAAGAGGAGAUAGGAGAGAGAGAGAGAAGAGAGAGAGAGAGAGAAGAGAGAGAGAGAGAGAAAAGGCAAAAAUGGCGUCGACGGUGAUGGCAUCAACGGCGAGUUUCACGGCGGCGAGAGGGUUGCCGUCGAUGAGAAGACCUUCUCGUUCCUCCUUCACAAUCGUUGCCAGUGGCGGCAAGAAGAUCAAGACCGACACACCCUAUGGAACCGGCGGGGGCAUGGCCUUGCGUGACGGCCUCGACGCCUCCGGGAGGAAAGGCAAGGGCAAAGGCGUUUACCAAUUCGUCGACAAGUACGGAGCCAACGUCGAUGGAUACAGCCCUAUCUACGACGAGAAGGACUGGUCUCCGACCGGUGACGUGUACGCCGGAGGGGCCACCGGAUUGGCAAUAUGGGCGGUGACUCUCGCCGGAAUCCUCGCCGGAGGAGCUCUUCUUGUCUACAACACCAGCGCUCUGGCUCAGUGAGACAUGACGUGGGAAAAGUGCUACUGUAUCUGUCACGUGUUGCGUUCUGUUCAAACUGUGUUUAUGUUAUGUCGGAAUACCGGAAAACUACAUCGGAACUCGGUGGUCCGAGAUAUUUAAUCAGUCUUCGUCUUUGUAUAGUUUUCUGCUGUUUUAUUUUGUCAGUGUCUACUUACGAUGUUGCCUGAUUUUGUUUA